AAAGUCCGGUAUGCGGGCGUGCAGAGCGACUGCAGUGCAGUAGUAAAAAAAUUUUCCCGUCACAAGUAUCAAAAUCUUUUUUUAUCUGAGCUUGUAGUAUUAAGAAAUCCCUCGUGAUGAUUCGAUGAAUCAAGAGUCAGUUUCAAGAGGCAUAGAAUGGUUCAAGGUAACUUAAAGCUCUCGAAGAAGAAGGCACACCGUGUGACAAAGCGUCAAAAGAACCCCAAGGCCGCUGCACCAAGAAUCUAUAAAAGUAAAAACAUCACCGACAAGGAGAAGCAGGUAAACAAGUUGGCCAAACAGCACCAGGCCAAGUUAGUCAGCAGCACAGAAAAGCUUAUCAGUGGCAGAGUGGGCCACUUGGAGUUGUUGAAGGGAGACAGAAGAACGUUGGAGAAGCAAGAGCGUCUAAAGAACGAGGCAAAGGCCAAGGCCACCAAAUAAUAGUAUGGGCGCAGUCGACAACGACGCCCGCGUGGCUGGUAGCCAAACACGAAGCGACGCCGACUCUUUUGUUCCAGACGGAAAAACGCUUCCAAGGAUCCGUAUCGUCAACGCGUGGAGCAACAGCAGUGUGGCUAGAACUGGGAAACCCGAGGAGGUGAUUGUUGGUGCU